AUGGCAAUUACCAUCGAUGUCAAUUGGUUGAUCCACCAGAUCGAGCUCUCCAUUGAUGGAGUUCCGGGUUUAAGAGCCCGCGUUGUCAGCGCCCAGGUCAUCGGGAACCCUCAUCCCACGCCUAAUCGCAACGACCCGUACCAUGGCUCCGUGGUUCUUCUGGAUAAGGAUGGCAAAAGGGCCACGUCUGCGCAUGCCUAUAUCAACGGAUAUGUCAAGUUCUCCAAGGAGAAAUUAUAUAAGCCUGUGAAGCUUUCCCCAAUCCCCGAGGCACCGGUCUACCCGCCUGAGGACCUCGCCCCUAACCAGUCGAACUCCAAGAAGGACAAGAAAUGAUGGGUAGCCCAUGGGGAGAUGUGUGAUCUGCGGUUAGAUGAAUGAUUGAUUUUCGUAAUCACUUGUGCGUG